AUGCCGCCCAAACGAGUAAAAAAAGUGAUGACGUUGCCGAUCAAUGUCAUCUUUUCACAUCUUCAGAAAAAAAGUCGAGUGCGCUUGUGGCUAUACGAAGAUUCACGGCUCCAAAUCGAAGGGCAGAUUAUCGGCUUUGAUGAGUAUAUGAACAUGGUCAUGGACGACGCCGUUGAAAUUGACUCUAAAAAGAAUGUACGGCAAGAAGUGGGCCGUAUUUUACUCAAAGGUGAUGCUGUUACGAUGAUACAGGAGGCACAACCCGUGCGGCCGGCUGAAGUGCAGCCAUCCGGGGAACAAUAA